CCCAGUAUGUUUGGAGACUUGAGGUCGACGUUCAUCGCUCUGAUGAUCGGAUCCUACGCCUCCUCCGCCGUCACCUUCCCCGGCAUCAAGGUGAUCUACGAUCUGGGCGCCACCUUCAUCAUCAUCCUGCUGGUCUGGGCUGCCUGCGCCUGCCUCGUCUUCCUCAACUGUUUCAUCAACUGGCCUCUGGAGCCGUUCCCCAGCCCCGAGGACAUGGACUACACGGUUAAGAUCAAGUUCAGCUGGCUGGGCUUCGACCACAAGAUCACAGGGAAGCAGUUUUACCAGCAGGUGACGACGGUGGGCCGCCGCCUCAGCGUGGGAAACUCCAUGAAGCAGAAACAGCCGAACAAGGACCUGGCAACGCAGGAGGCCAACAAACUGUGCCUGUCCACCGUCGACCUGGAGGUCAAAUCCAAGGACCAGGAACCGGCUCAGACCUUCAUGAAGAGUAUCUUCAGCCCCAUCUUCAUGCUGAGCCUCAUCACCAUGUGUGUGACGCAGCUUCGCCUCAUCUUCUACAUGGGAGCCAUGAACACCAUCUUGGAGUCUCUGACGGAGGGAGACCUCAGCACCGUGGAGAAGAUGCAAGUGGUGAGCGUCUACACGUCGAUCUUCGGCGUCCUGCAGCUCCUCUGUCUCAUCACUUCUCCCGUGAUCGGGUACGUGAUGGACUGGAAGCUCAAAGACUGUGAAGACGACAAAGACAAAGUCACCCCGAG